GCGCAGUCAGUGUCUCCCUUCUCAAAGCGUCAAUUAGAAGCGUCAGCAGUGUUAAAUCCUGCGAAGUCCUAAAGCACCGCGAGAAACAAGAGAGAGUUAAUAGAUUUAUUUUCUCACUCGGUGUUUGUUGAUAAAGGAGUGAAGGAGUGGUGGAGGAUGACUAGCGGCUCGAGUAAGAAGAAAGAAGAGGUUCAUGUGGCUAACGGAGGACUGAAGCAGUCCACAUGGAGCAAAGCGCUGAGCAGUAGAGCUGUGUGGGACGACAAGGAUGAGUUUUUAGACGUGGUGUACUGGUUCAGACAGAUCAUCGCCAUCAUCCUGGGAGUCAUCUGGGGCGUCGUUCCGCUGAAGGGCUUCCUGGGAAUCGCCAUAUUCUGCCUGGUGAACGCCGGCGUCCUGUACGUUUACUUCAGCAGCUUCCAGCAGGUGGAUGAGGAGGAGUACGGAGGAACGUGGGAGCUCACAAAAGAAGGCUUCAUGACUUCUUUCGCUUUAUUCCUGGUGGUGUGGAUAAUCUUCUACACAGCGCUGCACUAUGACUGAGGUCCGGCAGAGAACCCGCUCUAAAGCAGCGUAGAACACUCGGCUGUACGGUGGGGUCCGGGGACGGGCUGCACACGGCCGGCACUGGGCUUCACACACGUCACCAGCAGUGCACCGGAGCCUCCCGACCCAGGUGCAUCGUGGGUCGUCUGCUCUGAACCACUUCCUGAUCGGCGGCUCAUUCAGUUUUUAAGCUAACGCCCGUCCAGUGCACUGCCAUGUGUCCUGAUUCAACGCUAUUCUCUCUCUCUCUCUCUCUCUCUCUCUCUCUCUCUCUCUCUCUCUCUCUCUCUCUCUCUCUCUCUGUAUGAAUGAACGACUUUGUAUCUAGUUUGUAAUUUAAAUUUCUUUCCCGUUACUCUAGUCUUACCUGAACGUCUUGAUUAAUUUAAAAACAAGUGUAAAUGAUGUACAGUUUCCAUUUUAAAGGUUGGAGGUCCUGCGCGUUUUCGGCGUGAUGAGGUUUCUCGCACGUCUCAGUAUUUCAGAGGAGUCGAUACGAACGCGGGCGAAGGCGUGGAGGUUUUAGCGCCGGAACGCUCAAGCUGUUGCGUCCGGGUAAAAUCCGACCGGUCACGGUAAUGCAUUAAACACCGAAUCAUUUUUAAUCGAUUAUAUUUUUUCACACCAAUGAUUUUUUUUCCCGCCGACACGAAUCCGCUACUCGUGGCGUUUUAACACGUCAGGCACGUGGAACAAUCACGGAUGCUCCAUAGAGAGGGGAGAAAAAAAAAAAGAGGAAUUUAUCAUCUUAAAAAAAGUCUGAUUGUUUUCAGGUGCAUGUCCCCGACCCCCCCCCUCCCCCCCCCCUCCCCUUUUUUUUUAAAUUUUAUUUUGCAUUCUUUGUACAGUCCAGCCGGAAAAGAUCGAACAGUUUCCACUUUUCUUACACGUCUUUAAAUUCCUUUGAGUUUGUUAUGAUGUAAUAAAACUGUGAUUCACCCGUAAAA